UUAACUCUUUACAAUUUAAAAGAAUUAUGCAAUGCAUUCAGUAAAAUUUCAUUACCAGCACACACAAUUACUAGUACUUAAAUGACAGGAAAAGAAACCCAAGUUCCAGUACAGUAAUACACUAAAUUACAAAGUCAGACAUUCUGUGCAAUAUAUUCUUUCGCUCGACCACUUAUGUCAAUUAAGACCAAAUGUUGUUAAUGUAUGGCACAUGUCUACAUAUAUUUGUCUGCCGAAAAUCGCACUGUGCACUCUUCUGCAGCGAUCUAUGUUUACACAUUCAAAAAGUAAAGGAAAAAUGAUCAAUUUCAAAUAGCUCAAAGACAUAUUUUUGAGUACAUAUAUACAACACGUUAUGAUAUUUGAUUCCAUGCUGAUUACCUUGCAUAAUCUCAUAUUUCCAGUCGAUGAUAAGAGAUAAAUAAUAUACGGUAGAUCUAUAUGGCAAGGCAUGAUUGUACUACAAUGUACAUUACAAUGCAUUGGUGAUAUGGUUGAUAAAAAUUAAGUGAAUUAAAACACUUGCUGUCUAAUCUGAUAUUGUCCAUUCAUAAAAUGCAUAGUACAGAAGACGUAUGAUUGAAAACACAUGUACCUUCCAAACGUAGGUGCAAUACCUCUCAGAUAACACUUGCAGAAUUACUAAUUAACACUACCGACCGAGCGCUGUUGUCCAGUUGCGCCAUGGAUAUUGCGACGAACAGUCGACCUCGGCCAUUUUACCGCAGCUCAUCCGUAAGUAAACAAUUUCCUUUUUGUUAUAAUUUCAGAGUUCCGAGGGUCGCUGCCAGCUGUCCGGUGAGUCCUACAUCCUCUCAGAGUUUCAGUUUCCCAAACCCGAUCAAACCAUCCGCCUACCGUGCCUUCUCACCAGACAAUGACAGGCUGUCAUUUCAACGUCCACUCCGAAGUCAGUAUUCGGCAGACGAUGAUCAUUUACGUCAUUUUCAGUCUUUACCACGACACAGAGUAACAGCUGGCGGAAUGCACUCAAGUGGCAUGGAUAACAAUGAUCCGUACUCAUCCAGAAAACAUGACAGCGAUGGUUCUUUUGAUCGUGGGUGUUUCACUAUGCCAAAGCAUUCGCCAUACCGACCAAGUAAUGUUCAAGCACCAUCAUCACAUUUUCGAAGCGGCAGUAGUGACAGCAGUGGGUAUCAUACAUCCUACAGCCCAGCAACAGUAGAAUCACCUAUUGGGAACCAGCAGCAUAAUCUGUCGUCUGCUUCUACGCCACCAAAGAGUUUUUACGGUCCAGGGCCUGGUAUUUCUCCUCCGUCUUACGAGAGAAGUCUCUCCGAGAGAAACCGACCGUUUUCUCCAUUGUACAACCGCCAGAAUUCUUUUGAACGGAGUAACGAGGACCAGUUCGGUCUCAGAAUUAAUGACGAAUCUACACAUCUACCCAGAGAAUACUCCGAGAAUCUAAACGGUACAAGAACGCCACAUCAGCUUGUGAGACAAACUUCAAGGGAGCAACCUAUUUACAAGGGAUACCAGUCUGACUUUUCUAGUGGAAGAUCGAAUGUGAUAUCACCCUCUAGUGAGUAUAGUAGAUCACCUAAUGAAAUACGACGGCAAUUGUCAUUUGGAUCUAAUAUUCAAAGCCCUACUCUUGGUCGUGCCGAAUCCUCCAAAUAUAUAGGAGGAAAUUCACAACCACGAGGAUUUCAAAGGAGCCAGAUAUAUAAUGAGAAUAGAGCAGAAGAGAAACCUGUAAUACAAUAUCAGAGACAGACAUCAUCAGGAACAUUACCCAAGUACGAGUCAACAAUCUCAUCACCACCUCCUGGCCACCAUCCAAAACAAGAUGGCGAAAAACCAGAGCCGCCUGUUAGGUCGCACAGCUUUGAGCAUCGUGUGAGAAAACCGAGUUACAGCAGUUCUACAGGAAUUAGUUCUAUAGAGGAUAUUUUGUCUCCGUUUGAGAAAUUUCAAACCUCCAACUAUUUCAACGAAUUCUACAACAAGGAACAGCCAAAGUCACCCCCAACCAGCUAUAAGUCGAAUAGUUUCGAUACUCCAAGCUACAGCUCCCCACCGACGGAUGUUUCUCCAAACUUGCGUCAACGGGAGGACAACAAUAAAACGUAUAGGGAUCGAAGCUUUCCAAACACUAUCCACAACUCUGGAAAUCAGGUAGAAGAAUCAGUUUUACAAGACUCUAACAAGGAAGCAGGAGACAGACAGGAAAUGACGUCAUAUAAUCGGUUUGCACCACCUCCUCCAAUGGCACCCCCACCGCCUCCUCCUCCUCCACCACCACCACCACCACCUCCCCCUGCCCCUGGAUUCCCAGGAUCCGGACGACAGCCCUUCAGAAAACCAAUACAGCAGCCAAUCAGCAAUGAACAAAGAACGCCAGGGGAUGGGAGUCCCGUCACCCAAGGACAAUUCUCGGAUAAAAUCCCUGACGCAGUGUUAAACACCAUGCUGAAAAACCAAGGGAGUGGGACUCCAAAGCCAUUUGCAUACAUCACAGGGGGCAUAGACCUAAAAGAAUUCAAACAAAAGAGAAACCGACCUCCACCUCCUGUGAUGCCAAAGUCUUACCGCGGUCCAGAAUUAAGCAUGCCUGAACCGUCUGCAGAUUAUGGUCAACCGUCGCCACCAGCUAGAUCACAGCAAUUCCAGCCUCAACAAGUGUAUCAGCAGACGUCACCGCAAUACUACUCAAAUAACCCAGCGAGCUAUCAACAGCAACCACAGAGAUCACCUGGUGCCUAUAGACAUGCACAGUACAAUUCACCGAUACAAAUGUACUCGCAAAAUAACGCAGAAGAUGCACUGCGCUUGCAGAGUGGCGGUGCAGUGACGGGGAUUUCUGGUGCUCGGUCCCGCCAGAGACGGUGUUCAGAGCCGGCGGCUUCACUGUCGCGAUCUAACUUCUCAUUGCCAAACAAGACGAUUCGUUAUCCAGAGAAACCCCAGCAGGACAUUCAACAAUCUGCAGUUUACAAAAUGGUUCAGGAAGCGGACGGCAAAGGUAGAAAACCAAGGCAACCGAGGGACCCACUAUUACGUCACAAUUCAAUUGAUGACGAGAUGAGAUUUUCAGGAUUAAACAAGAAAACAGAUAUACCGUCGAAAGCUUUUAUGAAAUUGAACCAACUGUCUGUCAACGAUACACAAGACUCCUCUGUUCAAUCACAGUGUAAUGAUCAAGGAGAAAACAAACAAGACACUAUGGACAAUGAACAAGUGGGGAACUACGAACAGACGUCUAUCCGUUACACCGGAAAACAUAUACCCUCACCUUCAUUCAGAGUUUUACAGCGAUUCGCAGACGAAGCGGAGACAUACGAUCCCCCCGUAACUAAAAGAGGCCCCCAGUUAGAGAGCGACGACUUGGAGGAUACAGACGAUGGACUACCCGACACACUCAGCGGGGAGGAAUUAACCGACAAACGAUACACCGGAAGUGCUAUCCCAUCACGCUCCUUUCGCAUGUUGCAGAUGUCAGUUGGAAAUGGCGACUCGUCUGAAACUGCUCCACCCAAGAGCUCACCACCAUCUGCUAAUCAACAACAGAGCCACGCCCAACCGAAGAUUACCAUAAUCACGCGAAGUCACGCGGUGCCUUCCCCAAUGCAGCCCCCAGAGGACGUGCCCAGUACAGAUUUCUAAACACGUGACUCUGAAUAAAAAAAUAUUUAUGAAUUAGAAACGAACGUUUAAAUGAUGUAAUGAUAAACACAUUUCUUCGUUCGUUAUCAAAGUUCUGUCUUGUCCGGUAGCGAAUUGUUAUACCACCUCUUUCACUUGUAUCCGUACCAUUUUAAUUAUAUUUAUUGUUAACUUGCAUAUUGAACAUGACAAGACAAGAGAAGGGAGCACAGCCCCUGCUACCUGGAGAGAAGACUUGCUGGAACUAGCUGAGUAAAAGGGGUGUUAAGAUUAGAAUUCUUAUUUAUACAUGCAUGUUAUGUAACAUACCUUUUAUUGUAUAAUAAUAUUGCUUUUUACUGAGUUUAGUUAUAUUGCAAGUUUGUAUGGAUGUUGAGUAUUUAUGUCGCGAUUGAUGAGAGAUUGUACAUAUGGUAAAGUGUACAAUGUAGACUACAGAAGGACUAUAUUGUAAACCAUAUAAUAGCAGCUUUGUUCUUUUUAACUCUAUAUUAUUGAUAGAAGAUGGACACAGCUGUAGGCAUUGAAAGUAAUAGAUAUCCAUCUAAAUGAUUCUCAUUAAUACAUAAUCAAUGGCAAAGUUUUCCGAAUUUCACUGUACAGAUAACAUUACCUAGAUUUAUAAAACAUGUAUGUGGAAUGUUUACAGGAAAACUAACAGUAGCAAUAAAUACUUCAGAAAAAAUAUUA